CAUUCAUUCAUUCAAUCCUUCGUUCCCCCUUGCUUCCCUUGGUCCUCUCAUAAACAAUGAAGUUCCUCAGUUGGAUGCAGAAUAAAUUUAGUGGAAAUCAAGGGAGCACAAAACAAAAUUCAUGUACAACUACUACUACAUAUCAUGCAAAACAAGAGCCUCGAGAGGAGUUCAGUGAUUGGCCUCAUGGUUUACUAGCAAUCGGAACUUUCGGAAACAACAGCGAAAUAAAAGAGAGCCAAGAAAACCAAAACACAUGUUCAGAGGAUCCAUCCUCAUCAGAGGAAAUAGCAGACUUUACACCAGAAGAAAUCGGUAAACUACAAAAGGAGCUAACUAAGCUCCUGCGGCGAAAGCCGAGUGUCGAGAAGGAGAUUUCUGAGCUUCCUCUGGAUAGAUUUCUGAACUGUCCUUCUAGCUUGGAGGUGGACAGGAGAAUAAGUAACGCGCUUUGCAGUGAUUCCGGUGAUAAAGAGGAAGAUAUUGAGAAAACACUUAGUGUCAUACUCGGUAAAUGCAAAGACAUUUGUGCAGAUAACAGCAAGAAAGCAAUUGGGAAGAAAUCACUUUCUUUCCUGCUCAAGAAAAUCUUUGUUUGUAGAAGUGGAUUUGCUCCAACACCUAGCCUUAGGGAUACUCUUCAAGAGUCAAGAAUGGAGAAGCUUUUAAGGACGAUUCUUCACAAGAAAAUAUGCACCCAAAAUUCUUCCCGGUCGCCGGUGAUGAAGAAGUGCAUACAGGACAAGAAGUCGGCAACAAAGAAGAGGAAUGUGGAAGAACCAGAAGAGAGGAAAGAUGAUGGUUGUAAAUGGGUCAAGACAGAUUCUGAAUAUAUUGUUCUAGAGAUUUAAAUCUUGCUCUAUUUUUAGUUGCUCCGUUAUUAUAUGCUCAGAUUUAAAGAAAUCGAAGAUAAAGUACAUAAAGACAUUGAUGAGAGAAAAGAAGAAUGAGAGGAAACCAAAGGGAGGGGGUUGAUCGGGGAAAAGUAAAAAGAGUAGUGAUAAAUGAUUUUUUUUUUCUUUUUGUAAUCAUCAUAUACUCAUUUUCAUUUCAUCGUUAUAAGGAGUGAAUGUGAUGAAUUUUAUCCUACUUUAAUGAAGUAAUGAGUACACAGAAAGUGUAAGAAAAAGAAAUCACAAAAGCAUACCUGAUAACAAAGUGGAGCUCACCUUUUUUCAAAAAAAAAAAAGAUCUGGGAUCUACAAGAAGAAUUGAGGGGUGCAAAACAUAGUAGUAUCGAUCUCUAUUUUUGGUAACGGUACAUUCCGUUAUUUUUUUUCAUGGUUUUGUUCCCUGAUGUGGAGCAACUCAUGUUACCGAAAAUCAUGAUAGAUUUCUGGUAUGGCUGCUGGUUAAAUUACACUUCUGUAGACUGGGCACACAAUUUGUUAUUCCACUUUUUUUUUUUUGUGGCUGCUCAUGUCCUUGUAACAAGAUUUGGAAAUGAACAAUACUUGCUGUUGUAUUUAUAAGAUA